CCCCCGACAAUUUUACUUACAGAGAUCAGAAAUGGCCACCCAAAAGACCAUGACCGACGCUCAGGCCGCCUUAGGUCAACAACAGUUGCAUAGAGAUGCAGCAACGAACCAACAAUCUGCACAAAACGCUGGUAUCAUGGAACAGACAGGGGAUUCUGUGAAGAGGAUGACACAAGGAGCGGCGGACAUAGCCGGCGGAGCAGCAAGUGGGGUGCUGGGAUUAGCACAAGGUGCGGCGAUGGGAGCGGCGAACGUGGCUGAGGGUGCCGCCGGUGCCGUGAAGAACACCUUUGGGAAUAAUCCAGGCUCACAAAAUACGCAAGCCAACAACACUGCCAAAAUGCUGACCAAUGAUUCAGUGAAAAGGAUUGCAAAUGGUGCAACGGACGUAGUUGGUGGAGCAACAAGUGGAGUGUUUGGAUUAGCACAAGGUGUGGCAAUGGGUGCAGCGAAUGUAGCCGAGGGUGCGGCUGGUGCUGUGAAGAACACCUUUGGGAAUAACUCAAGUUCACAAGAUUGUAACGCCAAACCCUAA